AACAAAACAAAACAAACAAAAACCAGAGCAAACAAAUAGAAAUACUCAAAUCAAAUACCCCCAUAAAAAUGAAAUGGGUAUCCAAUUCAGAUCGAAACAGGGUAGUAUACUGUUUCAAAGAACAAAAACCAUGUUCAAAAUUCAUCGAAAAAUACUUCAAAGAUUGUCUUUGUAAUUUUAAAGAUGAUUUAUCAUUUGCUUUUGGAAUUGUAAGUUUGUUAGCUUGGGCUGUUGCUGAAGUUCCUCAAAUCAUCACCAAUUUUCAAACCAAGUCUAGCCAUGGCGUUUCUCUCCUCUUCCUCGUCGGUUGGGUUCUCGGUGAUAUUUUUAAUGUUGUUGGAUGCCUUCUCGAGCCUGCUACGCUUCCAACCCAGUUCUACACAGCUUUUUUUUACACGAUUAGCACAAUAGUGCUAGUAUUGCAGAGUGUAUACUAUGACUACUUCUAUUCAUGGUGGAAAUGUCCUCGUAACGUAGUCCUCAGCGAGGUUGAUCAAGAAGAGAAAAAACCACUAAAUCCGAAGCCAACAGAUCAGGCAGGUAUCCCAAUCCCGAGUGCACCAGUAAGAGCACCCACACGAAGAUAUUACAUGUCAGCAAGGUCUCUAGCUGGGAGUGACACACCACCAUUCCGGUCUUAUCUUAGGUCGGGCCCCAGGAGUGGUCCCUCAGCAUUGGGCCACGGGGACCACUCCUCUUCGGACGACGACGAUGCGACUAACCCGAUUACCGUCCCUUCAAAGAGAGGUACCACUAGCAGUCUUCCCAGACAGAUACCACGUCCAAAUGCUCGAGCGGCAAUGGUGGCUGCUGUCUCGGCCAACUUGCCGAUGGGGGGCAACGCAUUAGCAGAAGCUUAUAGGGGAUUUACCGGAAGGAGGAUGUUGUUAAGCGAACAUGGUCCGGAACACAGUGCAGUUGGUCAGUGGUUAGGGUGGUUGAUGGCUGCUAUUUACAUGGGUGGCCGGAUUCCUCAGAUCGUUUGGAAUAUUAAAAGAGGAAGUGUGGAGGGUCUGAAUCCACUGAUGUUCAUGUUUGCUCUUAUCGCCAAUGUCGCGUAUGUUGGAAGCAUAUUGGUGAGACACACAGAAUUCAAAGAAAUCAAAGCUAACAUGCCUUGGUUGCUGGAUGCUGUAGUUUGCGUGGUGCUCGACUUAUUUAUAAUCAUGCAGUAUGUUUACUACAAACACAUGCGAAAGAGGAAUACGAGUGAGGAAGAUCGAGAAUUCUACUAUGAAGAAGCGCCAAAGUCUCUUGUUUCAUGAAUCAUGAGUAUUUAGUUGUAGCAUUACAUAUGGGGGAAAAAAAAAAUGUGAUUUGAGCUUAUAAUAGGAUCAUGAGCAAGUACAUUAAUUCUUGCUUUUUCCCAUAACUUCAUUAACAUUUUAAUGUUCUUAAAAUGCUAACCAAAGUUAAAUAAAUUGAGUAUAAAAUUUA